AUGAAUAUUUUCCGGCUCCUCGCGGACAUCUCUCACCUUCUUUCUAUCUUUAUUCUACUCCAGAAAAUGAAGUCAUCCAGCAGUUGUUCGGGCAUAUCAUUCAAGUCACAAUCGCUGUACCUGAUAGUCUACGUCACUCGAUACCUUGACCUUUUCUGGAACUUCACCGGCUCGCCCUACAACACCAUCUUUAAAAUUCUCUUUAUCUCUUCUUCCGCAUAUACCAUUUAUCUGAUGCUCAAUGAUUUUAAACCAACCAACGACCCUAACAUUGAUACUUUCAAAGUUGUAUAUCUGCUCGGGGCUAGUGCUGUCCUGGGAAUUUUGUUCCCCUACAAGUAUACAGCUUCGGAGAUGCUCUGGGCCUUUUCGAUCUGGCUAGAGUCAGUUGCCAUCUUGCCACAACUGUUCAUGCUUCAGCGAACUGGUGAAGCCGAGACGAUCACAACCCAUUAUCUCUUUGCACUGGGCAUAUACCGUGCUCUGUAUAUUCCCAACUGGAUCUACCGAUACUUCUCCGACGGAUACUUCGACCCAAUUGCUGUGGUCGCCGGUAUUAUUCAAACCGUUCUUUACGCCGAUUUCUUCUGGAUUUAUUUCCAAAAGGUUCUCAAGGGCCAGAAAUUCUCCCUACCAGUAUAA